GUCAGAUCGGCCCUGAUUGCGCUUCAGAAUGACGAAAUGGCUCUUUGGCAUGUUGGCCUGUGUGGUCCUUGGGUUGGUGCACUCAGAGGAACAUUCCAGGAAGAAGAGACAUGUGGAUCCUGAAGCAUACAUGAAUAUUAGUGAAAUUAUCUCCUACUGGGGCUUUCCCAGUGAGGAGUAUAAUGUUGUGACUGAUGAUGGCUACGUCCUCAGCGUUAACCGAAUUCCACAUGGCAGGAAGAAUGGAUGGGACAAAGGUCCCCGGCAGGUGGUGUUUCUGCAGCAUGGUCUGCUCGCUGAUGCCAGUAACUGGGUCACAAAUCUGGACAACAGCAGCCUGGGCUUUAUCUUGGCUGAUGCUGGUUAUGAUGUGUGGAUGGGGAACAGCCGAGGAAACACCUGGUCCCGCAAACACAUGACCCUUUCUGUUUUCCAGGAUGAGUUCUGGGCUUUCAGCUUUGAUGAGAUGGCGAAGCAUGACCUCCCAGCUGUGAUCGACUUUAUCCUGAACAAGACGGGUCAAGAGCAGGUGUAUUAUGUUGGCCAUUCCCAAGGCACCACCAUCGCCUUCAUCGCCUUCUCAAGUUUGCCCCAGCUGGCCAAGAAGAUCAAGAUGUUUUUUGCCUUGGCUCCUGUGGCCACUGUCAAGUUCAGCACCAGUCCCAUGGCCAAGUUUGGACUUUUCCCAGAUUUGUUCUACAAGGACAUAUUUGGAAUGAAGGAAUUUCUCCCCGAAAAUUGGAUGUUGAAGUGGCUGGGGACCCAUGUGUGUACCCACAUGAUUCUGAAGGAGCUCUGCGGGAACCUCCUUUUUGUCCUCUGCGGCUUCGAUGAGCACAACCUGAACAUGUCUCGAGUGGAUGUGUACAGCUCGCACAAUCCGGCCGGGACGUCUGUGCAGAACAUGUUGCACUGGGGUCAGGCUGUCAAAUCCGGGGAGUUUAAAGCCUAUGACUGGGGAAGCCAAGAAAAGAAUUGCUUUCAUUAUAAUCAGACUGAGCCUCCCCUCUAUCGAAUUAAAGACAUGAUGGUUCCAACAGCCCUCUGGAGUGGGAGCCACGACACUCUGGCAGACGCCAAGGACAUGGGCCUCUUACUGACUCAGAUCACCAAUCUUGUGUACCAUAAGAACAUUCCACAGUAUGAACACCUGGAUUUCAUCUGGGGUAUCGAUGCUCCGGCGAGACUCUAUAGUGAGAUCCUGGGCCUGAUGAAGAAGUAUGAAUGAAGCCUCCCCGGAGAGUCUCAGCUCAGACCAUUGGCUCAGGGCCAUGGCAAUCAUUUUGUUGUCUUUUCUAAUCUAUUUGCACUUUCCCAAAGCUUUUUGUACAAUAAGGUGGGGGGCCCAUUCUCUGGCUUAUUUUGACUUUGGCCUACCACACACUAUUUUGUAUUGUGCGCAUGGCCUUUGAGCCUACCUGGGGAUGGCAAGACAGUGUCUCACGAAAGAUAGCCCUUUUCAGGUCCCUCAGAGUCCUAGAACUUGAGGUCCAGAAGGGGUAUUAGAGCCAAUGGGGUCUGAUUUCCUCCCAUUUUAAAGAUGGGGAAGCUGAGGCUCAGAGAGGAAGUCAUUAACUCAAAGCUCUUUGGGCAUUUUUACAACCUCACAGACUGGGGUGAAGGUUCCCGCCUCCCAUCCCCCAAAUCUGUGUUGUUUAUCUGGAUAGUUUACAGACAGUCCCCAGGGGACAAACUCUGCUAGAGCCUGACACCUCUAAAUUCCCUAGUUUCUUGAUGAGGUCCCUUGCGACAUCGGCAACAAGGCCGGUCUCACACUGGAGGAACUCAGGGGCCAAGAGCCACAUUUGAUUCCCUUACAUUUGUAGGGAGGGCCAGUGGUUGCCUGGCACGAGCCCUCUUUGCAGCCCUUUGCUCCUAGUUCUGUCCGCCAAGUCAAAUAGAACGGGUCUUGUCCCCUUUCGGUGGGAGAGCCUUCAAAGCUUAGAGACAGCUACCAUCUCCUCCCUCACCACCCUCCUAACCCCCCAGUCUCCCAAGUCUUCUCUUUAUCAGGUUACAAAGCUCCAGCUCUUUCAAGAGAGAUGGCAUGACCUACUAGGCACAGUUCUGGACUUCAAGUCCUUAAGACCUGGGUUCAAAUCUCACCAUUGAUUCUUACUGGUUGUGUGUGACCCUGGGUAGAUCACUUAACCUCUCCCUAUCUAGGCAGGCCUUUGACCUAGCUAUGCGAUGUAGGGCAGGUCACUUAGCCACAGAAUCUCAGCUUCCUCAUCGCUAAAAUCAGGGGAGCAAUCUUGAAGGCCACUUUACAUUCUAAAUCUGUGGUCCUGUCUGGUAACCAUCUUUUCCCUGCCUUUUAGACAAGCAAAUGUGUGGCAUGGCAGUGACCUCUCCACCAGGGUGAGUGCCUCUCCUGGCCACAGGCAUUUCUGAUCCUGUGGUUGGCAGAUGCCAGAAAUACUUCCUAGACAAGCGGUCACAUGUCUGAGUAACCUUGAAUGGCCUUGCAGUAACUUAAAACUUAUUUGCUCGAUUAGUUUGAAGACUGAAACCACUGGACUGUUGGUGCCCAAAAUCCUAGAAGUCUGAAGCUCUGGGGCUCUGCUGGUUCAGGAGUCCCAGAUGCUGUGAAUAAGGGGCCCACAUUUCAUUGCUUUGGUGAAAUCCUGAGCAACAUUCGCCCCUUCCUCAUUCCUUUGCCUGGUCCCCAAGAAGGGGACCUGGAACUCAGUGCAGCUCAGAAGCCACCACUGCUGCCUUUAGCUUUCCUUUUCCUUUCAAAAUAACCAUGGGAAUCUGUCUACCCACACUCAGGAAGUCCUAGCCUUUGAAUCUUUUCAUUUCAUCUGUAUGGAUGAUUUUAUUGGUCCUUAUUUACAAACAUUUGAGUGUGUGUGUGUUAUGGGUAACCAGAGGAGGGGGGGCUUUGAUACUCCUCACAUAAUUUCCUCCUUGAAUCAUAGACUAGACUAGAAUUUAGGGAUACUAGGUUAUGAUGAAAGUUGGGAGGACCCCCACAUGUACAAAGGUUAUUUUGUUACUGACAUGUUUAAAGUUGAAAAAAUGUGUCCAAUAAAAUUGAAUGAUGUACACAGUAA